AUGAUCUUGUCGGGUCUUGCACUUGAAUUCCUCCGCUACGAGACCCCCGAAAAUUUCGACGUGUCCGAGAAGCCCAUCAAGGACGAAACCUACACGAGGAUGGAGACGCCCAAGAACAACAUAUCAGCGGCGACGGAGGACUGCGUUGUGGGCUUUCAGUCGACCGCUCAGGAGAAGAACUUCGUGCCAGUGACCAUGGCUUUACAAGACCUUCACUACUUCGUGCUGGAUCCCCACAACCCCAAGGAAUCUCUCGAGCUGCUAAAGAAGAUCAACGGGUUUGCUGUGCCCAGGUCCAUCACGGCUCUCAUGGGCUCGUCGGGUGCAGGCAAGACGACGCUAAUGGACGUGAUCGCAGGACGUAAGACUGGCGGGAAGAUCACCGGCAGAAUCCUGUUGAACGGCUACGAAGCGAACGACCUCGCCAUCCGUCGCUCCCUCCUCCGCCAGGAUGCCUCGAUCUCGGACGACAAGAAGUACGACUCGGUCAACGAGUAUAUUGAGCUCUUGGGUUUGGAGGACAUCGCGGACCAGAUCAUCCGCGGCAGCUCAGUCGAGCAGAUGAAGUGCUUGACUAUCGGCGUGGAGCUCGCUGCUCAGCUGAGUAUCAUCUUCCUGGACGAGCCUACCAGUGGACUGGACGCUCGAUCGGCGAAGCUCAUUAUGGACGGUGUUCGCAAGGUGGCGGACUCGGGACGUACCAUCAUUUGCACGAUCCACCAGCUGUCAGCCGAAACGGUGUUCUACGGAGACUUGGGCCGCGAUUGCUGUAACUUGAUCGAGUACUUCGACGGUAUCACGGGGGUGUCUUCCCUCCCUCUUGGCUACAAUCCCGCGACGUGGAUGCUGGAAUGUAUUAACGCCGGUGCUCUGCACAACAACCUCGCCAAGGAAGGCAUCACCACGCCCUCCUCGGACCUACCAGAGAUGAUCUUCGCCGACAAACGUGCAGACAACUCGGCGACGCAGAUGAAGUUUGUCGUGACCCGAUUCAUCCAGAUGUACUGGCGAACUCCGAGCUACAACCUCAUGCGCAUGAUCCUCGCUGUGCUCCUCGCACUGGUCAUCGGUCUCGUGUUUAUCGAUGCUGACUACGCGUCGUACACGGGUCUCAACUCGGGUGUUGGAGUGUACUACCGGGAACGCGCGUCACAGACGUACAAUGCGCUGUGGUACUUUGUGGGCUCGACCGUGGCUGAGAUUCCCUACUGCUUCUGCAGUGGCUUGCUCUUCACGGUUGUGAAACCGCGUCAAUCUUCGGACUACUUUUCAAUACCGUCACGAUGA